AUUUCCAGAACUAUCUGCGCACACAGACAGGCAGCACAACUACGAUCAACAUCAUCAUCUGCACUGUUGACUAUCUGCUCAGACUACAGGAGUCUAUCAGUGACUUCUACUGGUAUUACUCUGGGAAGGAUAUCAUUGAUGAACCAGGCAAGAGAAACUUUUCUAAGGCAAUGACGGUUGCUAAACAGGUUUUCAACAGCCUGACAGAGUAUAUCCAGGGUCCUUGCACUGGUAAUCAGCAGUCUCUGGCUCACAGCAGAUUGUGGGAUGCAGUGGUGGGCUUCUUGCAUGUGUUCGCACACAUGAUGAUGAAGCUAGCACAGAAAACCCCGGAAUUUUCCUGGAAAGAUUUCCAGAACUAUCUGCGCACACAGACAGGCAGCACAACUACGAUCAACAUCAUCAUCUGCACUGUUGACUAUCUGCUCAGACUACAGGAGUCUAUCAGUGACUUCUACUGGUAUUACUCUGGGAAGGAUAUCAUUGAUGAACCAGGCAAGAGAAACUUUUCUAAGGCAAUGACGGUUGCUAAACAGGUUUUCAACAGCCUGACAGAGUAUAUCCAGGGUCCUUGUACCGGUAAUCAGCAGUCUCUGGCUCACAGCAGGUUGUGGGAUGCCGUGGUGGGCUUCUUGCAUGUGUUCGCACACAUGAUGAUGAAGCUAGCACAGAUGCACCCUGACCAAGGACUCCGAAAUGGCGAUCAUUUCUGGAGUAGAACACAUUCUGAGGACUCCAGUCAAAUUGGUUUGUUGAAGGAGCUUCUGGAUCUGCAGAAAGACAUGGUGGUGAUGCUUCUAUCUCUACUGGAGGGUAAUGUUGUGAAUGGCACAAUUGCUCGCCAGAUGGUUGACAUGCUGGUUGAGUCAUCCAGCAAUGUAGAGAUGAUUCUCAAGUUCUUCGACAUGUUCCUCAAACUGAAGGAUAUUGUGGCAUCGGAUGCCUUCCGUGACUAUGUGACGGACCCUCGUGGCCUCAUCUCCAAGAAGGACUUCUCCAAGGCUAUGGACAGUCAGAAGCAGUACACACCAUCUGAGAUCCAGUUCCUGCUCUCUUGCUCUGAAGCCGAUGAGAACGAGAUGAUAAAUUUUGAGGAGUUUGCUGAUCGCUUCCAAGAGCCAGCCAAAGACAUCGGCUUCAACAUUGCUGUGCUACUCACCAACCUGUCUGAGCACGUUCCUCAUGACACCCGCUUGCAGAACUUUUUGGAGCAAGCUGAGAGUGUCCUGAACUACUUCCGACCCUUCCUGGGCCGUAUCGAGAUCAUGGGCGCCAGCAAGAGGAUCGAACGCAUUUACUUUGAAAUCAGCGAGGCCAACCGCAACCAGUGGGAGAUGCCUCAGGUCAGAGAGUCCAAGCGGCAGUUCAUCUUUGAUGUCGUCAAUGAGGGUGGUGAGUCUGAGAAGAUGGAGCUCUUUGUGAACUUCUGCGAGGACACCAUCUUUGAGAUGAACAUUGCCUCGCAGAUCUCAGAGCAGGAGGAGGAGGUGAUCGAAGAUGAGGAUGAAGAAGAUGAGGAGGAGAGCAGUGGCGGCGGAAAUGGAGCGGGAGAAGGAGAAGAAGGGAAUGGAGAAGUAGCACCACCUGAAUCCAGCUCAGCCUUUACAGACUUCAUCAAGGGCGUAAUGAAUUUCAUUAACCUCUUCACUUUCCGCAAUCUCAGACGCCGUUACCGCAAAAUCAGGAAAAUGACCAUAAAGGACAUGAUUGUUGGUCUGGUGAUGUUGCUCUAUACUGUCCUCUUUGGCAUCCUGCACUUCAUGUACAGCAUCUGCCGAGGUUUCUUCAUGCUCAUCUGGAACACUCUCUUUGGGGGAGGUCUGGUGGAGGGAGCUAAGAAGAUGACAUUGACAGAAAUUCUGACUAACAUGCCCGACCCAACUCAAGAUGAGGUGCACGGUGACCUUCCACCUGAGCCAGGAGCAAGAAAAGCACAAGAAUCAGGUGGAGCUGCUGAGGGAGAGGAGGGAACAGGAGGAGGAGAGGAGGAAGCCGAAGAGGGAGAAGAGGAUGAUGGUGGAAGACCUGGUUUUGGUCCUCACGGCGGUCUAGGAGAUAUGGGAGAAACUGAGCCAGAGGAGCCUCCGACUCCAGAAGGCAGCCCACUGCUGAAGAGGAAGCUGGUGAGUGAAGAAGCAGAGGAAGAAGAAGUAGAAGAGGAGAAAGUAGAGGAAGAAGCAGCCCCUGAACCCGAAAAAGCAGAUGCUGAAAAUGGAGAAAAGGCCGAGGAGGAGGCAGAACCUGAGCCAGAGGAAAAACCAGAUGAAGAGCAAGAGGAGAAAAAAGCAAAGGCUAAAGCAAAGAAAGGCAAGAAGAAAGAGGAAGAGGGCUUUGAACUAUGGAAUGAACUUGAAGUCCAAAGAAACAAGUUCAUGAACUAUUUGUCUCGUAAUUUCUACAACCUGCGCUUCCUGGCUCUCUUCAUCGCCUUUGCACUCAACUUCAUUCUGCUCUUCUACAGGGUAUCUGACAGCCCGCCUGGAGAAGAGGAGGAGUUUGAGGGUUCGGCUGUGUUUGAGGGUUCUGGCAUAUUUGAGGGCUCUGGUGUGUUUGAGGGCUCUGGGAUCUUUGAGGGCUCUGCUGGAGAAGCUGAAGGUUCUGGAAUGGAGGAGAAUGGAGAGGAAGAAGGGUUUGUCUACUACUUCCUGGAGGAGAGCACUGGAUAUAUGGAGCCCGCUUUGGCCUUUUUUUCCAUCUUACACACCAUCAUUUCCUUCCUGUGCAUCAUCGGCUACAACUGUCUGAAGGUUCCUUUGGUCAUCUUUAAGAGAGAGAAGGAACUGGCCCGAAAACUGGAGUUUGACGGUCUGUACGUAACUGAACAACCAGAAGAUGACGACAUCAAGGGCCAGUGGGACAGACUUGUCCUCAAUACACCGUCUUUCCCGAACAACUACUGGGACAAAUUUGUGAAGAGAAAGGUGCUAGAGAAGUAUGGCGAUAUCUACGGUAGAGAAAGAAUCGCUGAACUUCUGGGCAUGGAUCUAGCUUCCCUUGAUGUCAGCGCUAUGACACACGAGAAGAAGCCUCAGCAUGAUCCCUCAAUAUUCACAUGGUUGACAUCUAUUGACAUGAAAUACCAGAUCUGGAAAUUUGGAGUGGUGUUCACUGAUAAUACGUUCCUGUAUCUGGUUUGGUAUCUGGUCAUGUCACUGCUUGGCCACUACAACAACUUCUUCUUCGCCUGUCAUCUGUUGGACAUUGCUAUGGGUGUCAAAACCCUGCGCACCAUCCUGUCUUCUGUAACCCACAAUGGCAAACAGCUGCUGAUGACGGUGGGUCUGCUGGCUGUGGUGGUCUACCUCUACACCGUGGUGGCCUUCAAUUUCUUCCGAAAGUUCUACAACAUGAGUGAGGAUGAAGACGAACCGGAUAUGAAGUGUGACGACAUGAUGACUUGUUAUCUGUUCCAUAUGUACGUGGGUGUGCGAGCUGGUGGUGGUAUAGGAGACGAGAUCGAGGAUGCGGCCGGAGACGAGUAUAAACUUUAUCGUGUGGUCUUUGACAUCACCUUCUUCUUUUUUGUCAUUGUCAUCCUGCUGGCUAUCAUUCAAGGUCUGAUCAUUGAUGCCUUCGGUGAGCUGAGAGAUCAGCAGGAGCAGGUCCGAGAGGACAUGGAGACUAAAUGUUUCAUCUGUGGAAUUGGAAGCGACAACUUUGACUCGACUCCGCAUGGCUUCGAGACGCACACGAUGGAGGAGCACAAUUUAGCCAAUUACAUGUUCUUCCUGAUGUAUUUAAUCAAUAAAGACGAAACAGAACACACAGGACAAGAGUCAUAUGUAUGGAAAAUGUACCAGGAGCGAUGCUGGGACUUCUUCCCAGCUGGUGACUGUUUCAGGAAGCAGUAUGAGGAUCAACUUGGCUAAUUCUACAGCCUUGAAAGUGUGUGUUUGUGUACAAGUAUCAUUUCAGGAAUGAGGGUCAAAGAGGAAAUUAUGAAAAAUAGGCAAAAGAAGGGAACGAGAUAAAUGACCAAGUGCAGCCUUAAUUUGACUCUCACAACCCUCAUCUUCAGCCAACACAUCACACAGACCACACAAACUCACUCAUAAUAUUUAAAACCUUUGAUUUCCCCGUGUUUGACUAAACGGGAGAAAAAGAGCUAAGACUGAGCAUCAAAAGAAAGUAUUUUAAAAUGUAUAUAUAUAUACACACACACUACAUGGCCUUUACCUUUUAAAUCAAAUCAAGCCUAAAUGAACAAACACUCCUAAACAAAGCCUUCCAUUCCUCUCUGUUUUGUUUGUCACUAUGAAUCUAAAAAAUCUCAGUACCUAAUGUUGA